CGAGCCGCCAUGACCCGGAAUCCGUGGACGCUCAACACCCUCCCGGUCAUUGGCACGGCGACGACCGACGGCUGCCUCUGCCAAGCCUGCAAGGAGAACAUCAUGCAAGGCGACAUCCGCGUCGGCCUCAUCUUCCACCACCUCAACGGCUACAUUGCGCUCGACUGGCACCACUUGACGUGCUGCGAGAACCCGUGGCAUCUCCCGACGCUCGAGGGCUUUGAACUCCUCAGCGACAAUGAGAAAACCCAAGUACAUGCGUUCAUCAAGCAGAGCAAGGUCGGGGCGUAAACAGCGCGCCAUGCUCUCGUGUCUAUAUGGUGUCGUCGCUGCUGCCUGUCUGAGCGCGUUGCUCCUUGUCGCGUCCAAAAAUUGUUAUUUAAACUAUGAAACAUACUGCA